ACCUCUGACGCAACUUCCGGUCUCCGACUCCUCCUUUGUCUCGAAUCCACCCUAUUCAUUUUAAACUGGGGGGUUUAUUUGAUAUAAAAACACGUCGUUUUCGGCCCUUGAAUGACAGUCGGCUCUGAUACCUAUAUGCCUAAGAGCAAAGCGCCCAAAAUGGACGACCUGGACUACAUCCCGGCUGAUCUCAGUCCCGAGGAGCGAGCGGAGCUGGAGGAGAUCCGGCGGAGGAAAGGCGCCCUGCUGCUGGAGAUCCAGAGGCUGCGAGAGGAGCUGCGAGAGGCCAUGAUGGAGGUGGAAGGCCUGGAGAACAGCACCGAGGGCAGCAAAACGCUCCAGAAGAGUCGACAUGUCGCCAUGGGAAGGAAAAAGUUCAACAUGGACCCCAAAAAGGGUAUCGGGUUCCUGGUGGAUAACGAGCUGCUGCGCCAUACUCCAGAGGAAAUCGCGCAGUUCCUCUAUAAAGGCGAGGGGCUGAACAAGACCGCCAUCGGAGACUACCUGGGAGAACGAGACGAGUUCAACCUUCGCGUCCUGCAGGCGUUUGUUGACCUUCAUGAGUUUACGGAUCUGAACCUGGUCCAGGCUCUCCGGCAGUUCCUGUGGAGCUUCCGUUUGCCCGGAGAAGCUCAGAAGAUUGACCGAAUGAUGGAAGCGUUUGCGCAGAGAUACUGCCACUGCAACCCCGGAGUGUUUCAGAGCACGGACACCUGCUACGUUCUAUCAUUCGCGAUCAUCAUGCUGAACACCAGCCUCCACAACCCCAACGUCCGAGACAAACCCACUGUGGAGCGCUUCAUCAGCAUGAACCGCGGCAUUAACGAGGGCGGAGAUCUGCCCGAGGAGCUGCUUCGGAAUCUGUAUGACAGCAUUAAGAAUGAGCCGUUCAAAAUCCCAGAGGAUGAUGGGAAUGAUUUGACUCACACGUUCUUCAACCCAGACCGAGAGGGCUGGCUGCUAAAACUGGGGGGACGAGUAAAAACCUGGAAGAGGAGGUGGUUCAUUCUGACCGAUAACUGCCUCUAUUACUUUGAGUACACUACAGACAAGGAACCGAGAGGCAUCAUCCCCUUGGAGAACCUGAGCAUUCGGGAAGUGGAGGAUCCACGCAAACCUAACUGCUUCGAGCUCUACAUCCCCAACAACCGAGGGCAACUCAUUAAGGCGUGUAAAACGGAAGCUGACGGACGAGUGGUGGAGGGCAAUCACAUGGUCUACCGAAUCUCCGCCCCCACGCCGGAGGAGAAGGACGAAUGGAUCCACAGCAUCAAGUCCGCGGUCAGCGUGGACCCUUUCUACGAGAUGCUGGCUGCAAGGAAGAAGCGCAUCUCCUUGAAAAAGAAAGAAGAGCAGGCUUAAGGGAACACGCUCCGUCUCCUCCUCCUUUUUCAUCCCAUCCCUUUUAUCCUUCGUUCAUUCCUCCUCCAUCUCCUAGACCUCGAUAUUCAUGAAGACUGUCGAUUGGAGGAAAACAAAAAAAAAACGUACACCGAAAACAGGAAGUGUUAGUCUGUAACGCGCGUGCGCACUACUGACCAGGCCGACGGAUGACCCGAGAUUAUCUUCAUCAUCUUCAUCGCCCGACUCACAACUACUGAUUCAAAUGUCCUUACACUUGCACACUACGUUCAGUACACACUACUAGUGCGCACUACUGCUGGUCUUCCUUUCUCCAUAAUCAGAUACUGUGAAUCACCACUGCGCCGAAUCCCUCACACACACCAUCAUCUUUUUUUUUUUCCCCCACACAUGAAGGACUAGACUCACUUGAUGACUUCCUGGCUCCUUGGUUGUUCUCCAAACCCCUACGUGCUAACUAGUGGUCCAUAUGUCUGUUACUAUAUUGAGUCCCCUAUGUAUAUUCCCAACUCGAUAUCAGUAUCACCAAUUCUAUUUUCUAGAGCCAUUUGGGGAGCCAUGUCUAGGGCAUUGUCUCAAUCGAGACUUUUCAGACUUCCUGGCUCCUCGGCUGUUCUCCAAAUCGCAAUAUAGCCGGGAAUAUAUCGAGUCCCUCUAUGUAGUCCCAACUCAGUAUCGAAUAGAUCAAAUUGCCGGGGCCAUUUCGGGGUCGUCUUUCCACUACAUGGGACCGAUUCCUAGUCCCACACCUUCGCGUCAUUAGCGGGUUGCGCCUCUGAAAGUAGGCCUCGGUUUCAUUUCCACCACAAGCCGAAAGAGCGAGGUCCCCGCGGGGAUCCAGGGGAAUGCAGGCGACCUCUCGGUGUUCAACAACAGGAAGUCAGGUCUGCUGGGGCGGGGCGGUGUUCGCACAGCUUUGUGAAUAGGGCCUCCUCGUUCCCGUCCACGGGAAAAUAAAGGUCUAAAAGUAGCGCCAGGGUUACGCCCUGGAAUUGGCAGGAAAACAAAGGCAGGCUCAAAAGACCUAGUCCUUCCCGAACACCCUUUCGAGUUAUUCCUCCGUUUAAUGUUAUCGCAUAGAAAUAGUGGGAGCUCAGCGGUUAAGGCUCUGGGUUACUGAUCAGAAGGGUGGCGGUUCAAGCCCCGGUAUCGCUAAGCUGCCGCUUUUGGGCCCUUGAGCAAGGCCCUCCGGGGUGCUGUAGGGAGUUGCAUCCGGCGGGGGCAGCGCUACCAGCGAAUCGCCAAUCGAUACCAGCGACGAGAUCCUGAAAGACAAACGAACGCCGAGCCACGAACAAAGAUCGCGGGACCCCAAGCAUAACGUAGCAGUGACAAUUUAAAAAACGACGCAAAAUAGUAACCGUACAAUUUCAACAGACAGGAAACGGAAGUACACACACUCACCUCCGGGGGGCUUUGAAGGAGUUUUAUGGCAGCUUUAACGUGUUAAACAUAUUUCAUUUGAUUUGUAUCUGUUUAUUGUUUCUGUAUAUACGUACGCGCGUACUGUUUCCCGGACGCGUGUUAAUUUAUUGUUUCGUUUUUUCGCAUGUUUUUUUGUUUUGGAAUAAUAUUAUUAUUGUAAUAAACCUGAGCGGAUUCCAUCCUCACGUUAUUAGCGCUCCACGUUUGUUCCGGUUUUACGCCAAUGACUUGGAACAAAAAUUUUAAUAUGGAUCGCUAAUAUUGCUGUUCUGUAAUUCGCCUCGAGUUCGAAGCUACUGACUGAAUAGAAUGAAGCAUAGCAGCGUAGCAACAGUCGCCACGUGAAAGUUUUUUUUUUUUCUUCUUCCCAGUGAGCGGGCGAUUAGCGCAAUUCUUCUUAUUUAAAACGUUUCAGUCUAGCGUAGCCGUUGUCGAACAUUGUUAGAACUGUAUAAAAACGGUGUUUCUGUAUUCCAAGUGCCCUACACGGAGUGUUACAUUGUGGUUUCUGUGCACUACAUGGUAUUCGGGACGAGGCCGCACCGGUUUCGGAUCGAACGUACAACAGGAAACCGGUUUCUCGGUGUAGCAGAGAAACAACACGGUGACAAUAAAAGACCGAAAUGACAUCAUAAA